UGUUCAAUCUGCAACCGCGAUCCGCCAAAGUACACCUGCCCACGAUGUUCCUACAGAACAUGCUCUUUGACAUGUUCGAAAGCUCACAAGGCCAAGUUUGAAUGCUCCGGAGAGAGAGAUCCGACAGGAUACAUCCCAUUAAAAGAUGUCAAUCACGGGAUCUGGGCAGAUGAUUAUAAGUGGUUGGAAGAGGGUCGGAGA